AAUCAUCCAACCCGCUAUUUAUGUUUUUUGAACUACUUGGACGUUACUCAACUCAGAUAUUGCAUUAUCAACCUGCAGUGUUCGUGCCAGUGCCACAUGCUCUGAAUCAUACUGGAACUUUGAAAGCUUGAAAAUCUCCAUUGCAAACAACAAUAGGCACAAAUUCCAGCGUGUAUGACCUCCACAUCAGCGUCCGCACUUGUUCAAGAACUAGACGACGCACCCGACGUACUCACAUGGCUCAACGACACACUUACACCGCAAGACAAUCAUGUUCCGCUCGCUUCUCUUGACUCGCUGCUGGCGGACCUGCUGACCGCCACAGACCUUUCAGCAGUAACAACAUCAGCUGUACUCGAACGCACAAUCGACGAGGUGUCACGCAGCGCUCCCCGUCUCACGUAUGACCUGCAUUUCAUGCGUGAUGGUGCCCUCUCCCUACACUCUGCUCUCACCACCGUCACUGCCCGUAUCCCAGCUGGAACGAGCACGUCUGCUGCUCUCGACAGGUUGCAGACUCUUGACACUGCAAAACGACGGAUGGAGGCUGUGAGGGAUGUGCUACGUGAGGCAGAGUCAUGGUCCAGCUUAGAGGCAGAGGUCACUGCAUUGCUAGCUGAGCGUGCAUAUGACAAGGCUGCUGAGAGAUUGAGCGAGGCUAGCAGAAGUAUGCCUGUGUUUGCGGGAACUCCGGAGUAUGAGCCUCGUCGUGCGCUGAUGGUAUCCCUCCAAAACCAACUCGAGGCUGCCCUCAGUUCUGCAUUGGUUGGCGCAAUCAACUCGGGCGAUACGGCGCUUUGCAGGAACUUUUACGGGAUAUUUGCUAAUAUACAGAGGGAGAGUGAGUUCAGGAACUAUUACUUUGGCUCUCGGAAAGCGAGCCUGGUUGCUUUGUGGCAGAGCGAGGUGCUGGAAGACACGGAAGUGUCAGUGCCUGCGGUGCCGAGACAGACGUUCAGCGCCUUCUGGGCAACUUUUUGUGCCGGUUUCUUGGCUGUCCUCAACGCGGAGCGCACGUCUAUUCCUGCCAUCUUUCCUGAUCCUCAAAUCACGCUCUCAACGUUUAUCACUUCCACUCUGUCCACCCUACAGCCUUCGUGUCCGCAGCGCCUUGCAACCCUAUUCAACACCACAGGUUCAUCUGCUCUUAAGGAUAUCAUAGCCAUAUACAAAACGACAGAGGAGUUUGCGGCGAGCACAGAUAAAAUCAUGGAGAAAAUACAGUUCUCUGUUAUCCCUACGGACAGUACUUUGGAUGGCCCUUUGCCUCUGAAAAAUACCCGCCGCCGCUCCGUGCGUAUGUCCAUGUCCUGGCGGUCGAAUUCAGCCACGAAUUUUUCACGGGCGCAGCAGUCCACACUCAAUGAUGUACUUGAUUGGGACCAAUCACUCUUUCAGGCGUUUCUAGACUUCCAAGUCGAGUAUGGGACACUGGAGCGGCGCCUCCUCUCCGAUGAGCUAUCUUUUGCCUCCACACUCACCCCUAACAAAAACCCAAGCACUGACCGGGCUCGCCUUCUUCGUGAGCGCGCGGUCGAUGUGUUUAGCGCUGCAGAAGAAAGCCUCGUACGCUGCAUGUCCUUCACGUAUGGAUAUGCUGCUCCAGGACUCAUGUCCGCGUUGGACUCAUCUCUCUCUUCAUUUGUCGACUCCUGGACCCAAUCACUGACAGCGAAUCUUUCUGCCCCUUCGGGUGCUCCAGCGGAAUCUGAAGAUGGCCUCGCAGAUCUGGAUUACUCUCCGCAGGACUGGAGCAACAUCCAACUCGUCUUACACCUUCUCGCGUCUACACGCGCGGUGCUUGAUCGACUCAGCACUUUUGAGGGUAAGCUGCGAGCUGCACUCGUGCAAAUCGCCACGGCAUUCCGACUCGCGCAGCAUGAAGGUGGGGUGUAUACACCUGGCGCAACCAAGGGUGCUGGUUCGCUCCUGGCGCAGUCCUCCCUGAACAGCGCAGCUUUGCAUAGUCUCUUAUCAUCCGCAGAAUCCCAUCCCCCUGUCCCACUACUCACUACAACGCGCGCAUCCAUUGCGUCCCUGGCUAGAGCCCUUCAGUCCUCCCUCCAGCAUACCCUUCUUGCCCCCUUACAUGCACAUCUCUCAUCCUAUGCAUCCCUUGCCCUCUGGGCGCUACCGGGUGAUCCCAAGUCCAUGCGCACGGCCGGCGACCUUCACGUGCCUGUGUUUUCGCUUUCCCCCAGCGAUAUCGUCCAACACGUUGCGGAAGGGCUGUUGAAUCUCCCGCGGCUAUUUGAGGUAUAUGCAGACGAUGAUGCACUAGGCUUCUCACUUAACACACUCCCAAAUGUUGAUGAAGCAUAUCUGAGUGGUCUGAGUGAACAGUCCCCUGAGCUGGGGCACAACCGACGAACUUCACUCGUCUUGCCUCCCAAGCCGGUGGUGCUGAGCCCGGAGGCAGUUGCAGCAGCCUGGCUGUCCUCCCUCGGACAUUCUACCCUGUCCCAUCUUACCAGUAACGUUCUGCCAAAGAUCCGUACACUUUCUGUCGCAGGAGCCGCACAGCUCUCAUCGGAUCUUGGUUAUUUGUCGAAUAUCGUGAGGGCACUCAAUGUCGAGUAUGAGGAAUUGGAUAGGUGGAAAGAGUAUGUGGGGAUGAACGACGAGGAAGGAAGUCGAGUGGUUGGGGAGAAAUUACCUGGAGAUCAGGUGUUAGUGCUACUGGCGAAGAUGAGAGGGUGGACGUGAUGAUAAGUAAUUGCUGAUGUCUUUUUGCUUUUGUCUUAGCCAGAUGUAUACUUAGGUUCAACCUAGGAGGAGGACAAAAUUCAGGUGAACUUGUGUUCAAA